UAUCAUUUUAUAAUUUUCCAAUUUUUAUAUUGAAAACUAAAAUGUGGUAUUACUCAGCGUGUGUAUGCAUUUAAUGAUGUUUGGCUAUAAAUUAAUAUAUACUGUAAAUCAAUAAUAUAAAGGUUAAAAUUUAAAAAUCUCGAUAGUCAAAUCAGGGAGUAAUAAUUAUGCAACGCAUGGGUGCGCAGGGAACACAUCAUAAAUUCAUAGGGGACAAAAUGAUGAGAAUGAUCUUUUUUGAUGGCUCAAAAGGUCACUCACUUUUUCAUUUUUCUAACCUAUUUUGUAUCACAAUUUUAACUCGAUAAAUAAAUUAAUACUCCAUAUAAUAGAGGAAUUUCUCCUUAAGAAAACAAAACAAAUAUAGAAAUCUGAUUUAUACUACUUAUCCCUGAUCAGUGAUCAUUAUUUCAAGAAAAUAUGUAUUCAGUUUUCUGUUUUUUUUUUAACAUGAUUGUUGUUGUUCUUGGAAGAAUGAAUUAGGUUGAUGAAGUAAAGUCCGCGUUUCAAGGAGAAAACUUGAUUGAUGGAAUUUGCAGUUUUUGUUUUUUUCAAAGUACUCUCUUUCUUUGUCGUUAAAAAUCUUCUUUUCUCGACCCACACCAUUACUCCCUCUUUCAAAAUCUAUCAAAUCAUGUUUCGACUGGUUACACACUUACACUAUACUCUCACAUUAUUCUUUAAUGGAGAAAAAGAAAAUCCAACAAGAAAUAUGUUAUGAUGUCCAAGGGCGAAGGUACAUCAUAUACUAUGGAGGCAUGUGCAUCCAUUAAAAUAACAAUAUUACAGUUUUAUAUGUAAAAUCAAUGAAAUUGUGCUAGAUAUAAUGGUAAAAUCUCUCAUGUGCACCCAUAAUGUUCCGAGUUCGAGUCCAUCUUUUGCUUAUAUUUUUAUUUCUAUAGACAGAUGCACCCAUUACAAAAAAAAAUUUAGCUUCACCCUUGAUGAUGUCCCGUGCGAUAUAAAUAAAAAGCAAAUAUAUAUUAUAGAGGUUUUUUUUUUUUUUUUGAUCAACAUAUAUUAUAGAGGAUAAUAUGUAAAUAUACUGUGAUCAGUGAUAUUCUGUUCAAAACAAGAUAACAAUUCUCAUGAAAAAUGAAAAACUGAAAAUAAUAUAUAUUUGUUAGACUUAUUUGUGAAAUAACAAAAAAAAAAUAGUUUUGUAGAGAGUUGAUAGAGAGAAAUAUUAAGAAAAAUAGACGAAAAUGUGUAUUUUGGUUAGUUAAUGAAUUAUGUUUUUUUAUAGUGAGUGCAGUUUUUAUUAUUUGCUUAUACUUUUUUUAACUAAGAUGGAUUUUUAACUGAAUGUAUAUUACUGAAAUUUCUUGUUUGUUUAGUGUGUGUGGUUGGUUAAGCUCAUUUGAAGUUCUAUUCGUUCAGUUAUGAGAUAAGCAAUUGGUUUAGCACUUUAGCUCGAAUUUCACCAAGACGACUAGGUUUGGAUUUAGUUCAUACAUGCUCAUUCUUAAGCCAAACCUUAGGUAUUUUCAGUUUGAUAACAAACCAAUACUCCUGUGUUAAAAAAAUGAAUAAAUACUCCUGUGUUAGUGGAAAUAGAAGAGGUCAUUUACAUACACGAAAUUAACUUACAACACGAGCCAAAGUAGUAGUAAUUGAUUUCGUGGCUUUGGAAAUCACAAAAACACAUUUGCGUAAAAGUUAGCUGGAAACCGAAGUUAGUUCCCAAAAAUUGAAGAAUCUCUCUCAAUGAUCAUCUUUUUCAAUUCCAACUAACUUCCUUUGUGGUUUAGGCUUACCAUAUUGCAGUAAUUAAUAUAACCACUAUUAUUAUACCACUGACACAAUGUCAUGCAUGGACAACGGGUACAAAGGCUGUUUUUUUUUAAUCAAAUAGUACUUCUAAAUUUCUAUGGUUCUACUACUCAACUUAUAAUGGAUUGUUGUAACGUGAAGCACGGGAAGACAUGCAUGAUUUAUUAUUUCUUGACAGAAGCAAUAAAUAAAAAGCAAGCAUCUGGUUCUUGAAAUACAUAUGGUCUUAGCUUGUAUAUACACAUACAUAUACGUUUAGACAAACCUCAAAUCCUCUUCGUACAAUAAUACAUGCAAGAGGUCAGGCAUACACUGCAGUGUUGCCUACGCAUAUCAUUUGUUUCAUACUUUCUCUACUUUCAAAAAUCAUUAAUUUUGUUCUUAAUUUUCUCCAUCUUUUGUGUUGAAGGAUAUAAAUCACAUUAGAACAAAAACACACAUUCUUAUAAUUACCGUUUCAUUGGUAAACACACGUUGUUAAUAUAUAGGCUAUGAAUGUAUAGUGCGGUUGACAUGCGGGACGGACUGGACCGCAAUUAAGGUUACCAUUCAACACAAAUAUUUAGAUGUGUUUAAGCUGAAAAUUAAAUAAUAUAAAAAUCAACUGAAACGCAGGCGGUUCGCAUUACGUAAGAAAAUCAGUGGAACGCCAUGCAAACUUUAACCACAGCAAAUGAGAUGUGUUUCAACGUGCGGUUCUUUAUUGAUUGUUUUUCAUCAAUAAUAAAAUAUUUCUAAAAUUUUACAUAUUAACACAUUAUUUAGAGCACAUUAAUCUGUAUUCAAAAAUAUAGUGUGGUUAAGAGGUUAUAUUAUUGUAAAUAAAUUAUUUUUAUUCUAUACAUUUAUCUACUAUAUCUUUAUAUUAUCUUUACUUAUUUACUUAAUUUUAUUUUGUCUAUAUAAUUAUAAAUAUGUUUCACUCAAUUACAUCAAUACUACUUUUCGGUUCAGUUUCAGUUGGUUCUUUCGUUUCUUCGGUUCUAGAGCUUUAGGAUCCGUUUGGUAUUUAGAAAGUUUGGUUCGGUUUCAGUUCGGUUUGGAUAACAAAGUUGAGAAUCUGCUUAUAUCCAAAGUCAUUAUUAAACAUCAAAAUCAUAUAAAAAUUCAAAAUAACAAAAACCGAGUACUUAAAUAUUAAAUAGUUUAACAAAAAUAAAAAUCAUAACAACAAAUCAUAACUAAUUGGAAAGUUUUAGCGUUUCCAAAACAGAAACGCGAGUUUCCACAAUAGAAACGCAAGUUUCCACUAAGUUUCCAAACUGAGAUUUUUAAGAAACGAGUUUCCAAUGCGUUUCUGCGAGUUUCCGAAAGAUUCCGAUUCUGAAACGUUUCCGAAACAUGAAACAUACCUUCAACCGAAUUUCCAUGCAACAUAGAUUAGAUUAUUAUAAAAACAAAUAUAGUUAAUAUUUAUCAAUAUAUAAACUAUAUUAUAGAAAUUCACAUACCUAUUCGGAUCUCGAUUCAAUUAUGGUUCAGUUUUUCGUUCGGUUCUAGCUUUUCGGUUCUAAAGAUAUAUGAUCCACUAGUAUAAAUGAUAGGAUCAAAACCCAAAUCCAAACCAAACUUCAUUUUUCGGUUUGGUUCAUUUUGGUUCUGGAUAAAUGUGUCCAUGCCUAGCUAAAGUUUUGAAUACAAUAUUUUAGAUGAGGUAUAUGUGAAUCUGAUUUGUAAAGUUCUCCAAUAUAUAAUUUAUUUUAUAAAUUAAAUAAAAUUUCAGUAAUAGCAUAGUAAAUUUCAUAUUUGAGAUAUAUAAACUAAUUUAUAAAUAAAUUUUAUAUUUUAAAAUAUUAUAUUAGUAUCAUUGCUUUUUUAAAAUAUAUUAUAUGUAUCCCGCCGUUAUACUAUUUAUUAUACAUGUUACCAUUCAUACUAUUUUUUGAACCGCUUAUUUUACACAAACCGCAGUUGUUCCGCAGCAUGCGUUUCUCUUGAACAAACCGCAGUUAAACCGUACCGCAGUAUUCAACCCGCUUAUCCCGCACUGCUCAAUCCGCUGUUACCAUUCGGAGCCAUAGGUUGAAAACGAAUGUACUAAUUGAUGAAUUAGUUUGUUAGUAUCUUUAUUGGUAGUCUCAACUAAUUGAUUUUAUCGUUUACUAUGCUAAUCAUUUUAAAAUAAUGUCAAAUGUUUCUACGAUGUGUGUGAAAACUUAAAACGUUAUUGGUCUGUUGAAAAUAUUUUAAAAGUUUUAUUUGUCCAUUUGCAUCAUCACCUAAGAAAGAAAACUACACUAAUGUUAAUUCAUAUACUAAAGUAACUUUUAAUUUCCUAAGUAAAUUAUGGUUUUACAUAAGUACGUGUUAAACAAUUUGAUGCAUCUAUAAAUACCUAGAAGCACCAUCUCUGUCGAGUGUCAACGUACCACCAACUGAUCUUCCCCAUUUCUCCUUACUUUUGUCCUUCAACACACAAACCCUAAAAACCAAAAAUGGAAGAAGCCCUAAGAAAGUUCAACGAAUCUACCUACUCCUUCAUACCCGGUUACGAACCCGACCCGAUUCCUCUAACGAGAAUCUUUGCCAAUGAUGCAAACUCCCCGCAGGUUAACAACACACCGUCUUCAAAGGAGGCAAUAGUGACCAUCACCGGAUCUGGCAGGACAAGGUACCGUGGCGUUCGCCGAAGGCCGUGGGGACGUUACGCGGCGGAGAUACGUGAUCCCACGUCGAAGGAGAGACGUUGGCUCGGAACGUUCGAUACGGCGGAGCAAGCCGCUUGUGCUUACGACUGUGCAGCUCGUGAGUUUCGUGGAUCUAAGGCUCGGACCAACUAUACUUAUCCUGUUACUAAUCCUGUUGCCGAGCCUAGAUUCUCUUUCUCCUCAAAGAAAUCUAUGAAGGCCGUUCGUUCUCCUAUACCGUCACCUCUGAAGAUGAACACACAGCCUCUCUUAUGGUAUUCCUCUCACGAAACAGCGACUAACGGCUCCUCUUCUCCUUCUUGCUCCUUGACAAAAACGGCAAGCAUUUCCUCUUCCGCUGAUGAAAACUACACGGAGUUUUUCCCGCAAGAACAUUCUGAUUCUGGUCUCUUGCAAGAUAUCGUUCAAGAGUUCUUGAAGAAGAAACGCAACCAGCCUCCGCCACUGAUACCACCACCACCACCACCGCCAUCUCCACCGAUGGUUGGACAUCUUGAAAACUUCCGUGAAUUCUCCGCCAACAGUUUGUUUCAACCGAUGGUGGAGACAUCAAAAUUAGAUUGCUACGGAAACAUUAGUUAUCAAGAUGGUGACUCCGGUUUUUUUUAUGGCAUGAGCUCCGUUGCAGAUGGUGGUUUUACUUAUGGAUCAGACGCGUGGGGAUUAUCAUGAAAUGUGUUAGAUUUAUUAUUUUAGAAUAUUCUAUUAUAUAUAACUUUUUGCACUUUGGAUAUUACCUAAAGAGUUCUUAAUUUUAAGUUAAACUAGCUAUUUCCGUAGCUUUUGGUAUCUCUUAUGACUCUUGUAUCCAUGUUUUUUGUAAGCUUUACAUCCCUGUUCUUCGGAUAUUUCAGUUAUAUGAAAGCUUACUUAUUUUGGAUAUUUCAGUUUUUAUUAUUUUGGUCUUCGUGCCUGCAUGCAUUUCCGUAUUUAAAACAUGUUUGACAGUCUAUACAGUUAUGUAUAUAUUAUAUUUGCUGUUCUACAAUUACCACUAAUUAAAACGGAUGUAAAAAGAAGAUAAAGUUACAAAUACAAUAAUUGAAGGAAAUUAAUCAUAUUAUAUCGAAGUCUAAAUGAAAGAUAAAGUGUUUUUGAUCAAGCCCUUCUAAUACAUACAGAACAAAAUAUUUCAUUUGUUUAGCAAUUGUAUCGACCUAUUUAAAGAAGUGAAUCCACAGAUGAAGAAGUGAGACUUUUAUUCGUCCAAAAGGCAGAGUUUGUCUCUGUCUUCUCCACCUUGACGUGCUCUCUCAUUUUAUCACCAUAUGAAAAGCUUACCUGUGUUAAAAAAAGAAAAAAAGCUUACUUUUUUUUUAACUUACUUUACUAGCAAAGGAUCAAUAAAUAAU